AUGUCUCAAAACAUUGAUCGUAAUGUCAGUUCGAUAACUGUUGUCGAAGUUGAUAAUCCAAACAAUUACCCUUCACCUAUAGAAAAUGAAUUUUCCGAUUCUAAUACCAUUAACAUCACUAAUAGCGACAUCGAAGAUUCUAAUAAACUCGACAAUUCCAAAAAUUUAUCGAUCUGGAGGAAGAGAUUGAUCCUCUUAAUUGUUUCUAUCGCGGCUAUGAUAUCUCCAAUGGCUGAUACCAUUCUAUAUCCGGCACUUGUACAGAUUUGUUCUGACUUUCAAGCUCCCGAAAUCUUUGUAAACAUCUUAGCCUCUGUAUUUAUAUUUUUUAUGGGUUUUGGUCAAAUCGGUUGGGCCGCCUUCUCUGAUACAUUUGAAACUAGACGUAGAGUUUAUUUAAUAUGCAUGCCAUUGAUUCUUGCUUCAUGUAUUAUUUGUGCCAUUACUCCAAACAUUUGGUUCCUGAUGGUCGGUCGCGGUAUCCAGGCAUGUGGAACGUCAUCAUUGGUUGCAAUUGGAAGUGGUGUUAUUGCCGACAUGUAUGAAUUGACCGAACGUGGAUCUGCUUAUGGAUGUUUUUAUCUUAUAUACACCUUCUCUAUUUUACUUGGACCAUUACUUGGAGGAUAUUUUACACAAUAUUUGGGAUGGAGAUCCAUAUUUUGGUAUUUAACAAUAAUGUCUGGAAUUGUUUACAUAGCAAUACUUUUAUUUGUGCUCGAAACAUUCCGUAGUAAAGAUUCAAAUAAAUCAAAAGAAUCUGAUGUCGAAGAAUCUGAAACUGAAGAAGUAAAAUCAUCUUCACCAAAGAAAAGAUUUAACCCAUUUCUACCCUUUAAAUUAUUACGUUAUCCAAAUGUAACAAUUUCAAUUCUCUACAUAAGCAUAGUUUAUACAUUUGUCCAAAUUCAACUUUUGGUUGUUCCAAAGAAUUUUCCUAAGAAAUAUGGUUUCUCCGCUUCAACAAUUGGUAUAAUGUUUGUUCCAUCAGGUAUCGGAUUAAUGUUAGGCAGUUUUAUUGGUGGGAAAUAUAAUGAUUUUGUAAUUAAAUGGAAACAAAGUAGACAAAAGAACAAUAAUGAACCAAUUCAACCUGAGGUUCGAAUUAACAGUAUUUGGAUUGCUACUAUUAUAGUCCCUGUUGUCUAUAUACUUUAUGGUUGGUUAUUUGAUAGAGAAAUCCAUAUAUCUGUAUUCUUAGUUUUAUGGUCUCUUGGAACUUUUGGAGUACAAAUAAUCUUCAAUUCAAUAUCAACAUAUUUAGUGGAUUCAAAUAGAAGUAAAAGUGCAUCAAUAAUAGCUGUGUUUCAUUGUAUUCGCUUAUUUGUGGAGGCCGGUGUUUCUAUGAUUGAGGCACCAUUAGAGGAAUAUUUGGGAAUUAAAUGGAUGUUUACACUAUUUAGUUUAUCAAUGGUACUUUCUAACCUUUUAAUAAUAGCCGUUUUUUUCAAAGGUAGAUCAUGGAGAGAAAAAAUGACAAAUAAUUGA